AUGGUGGUCUCCUCCCCCAUUAGCUUGAGGGGGGCUGUUAGAGAAUCUUCCUCUCCAACACAUGUAUUGUUGGCUGCCACAGCCAUCUUGGCAGCUUCUCAUGUGGCCACCAAAGCCUCACCACAUGCAGCCCCUUUGGCUGCCACUUCACCCAUAAUGCCGAACAAUGAUUUUACUACAAUCUCCACUUCAGCUCAAGUUAAUUCUACAGCAUCCAUUUGUCAAUUUCCAUCAAUAGACAAGGCCAAUAAUGAUACAGCCAUUGAUUACAUUCCGAAUAUAGCUCAUGGCUCUACAAUCAGACAAGAUACCACAUAUCAUGCCUCUCAUUAUGGACUCACAACUAAUGCAGCAAUCUAUGAUAGGAAACCAAGUCAUCCACAAGGAAAAGAUCCUAAUUCAUUUCACAGAAUUGCUGAGAGGUCAUACGAAGACUUGAAGAACCAGUCUCAACACAUCCAAAAUGUGUUUGAAAAUUUCACUUCUGAACAAAUUGCAAACAAUCGAUUGCAGUUAAAAGCCUCAAUUGAUGUUGUUCGAGUGCUUGCAUUUCAAGGUGUUGCUUUUAGAGGUCGGGAUGAAAGUGUGGAUUCAACGAAUCGUGGAAAUUUUCUUGAAAUAUUGAAUUUAAUGGUUUCAUAUAAUGAACAGAUUGCUGAAGUAAUAGCUAAAGCUCCAAAAAAUGCCUCUUAUACAUCACCAAUGAUACAGAAAGAAAUUUUACAUAUUUUUUCAACCAAAGUGAAGGAGACAAUUUGCAAAGAAAUUGGUAAUGCAAAGUUUUGCAUAAUGGUUGAUGAAGCUCGUGAUGAGUCAAUGAAAGAGCAAAUGGCUAUAGUUUUAAGAUUUGUCGACAAAGAUGGUUUUGUGCGGGAACGUUUUUUUGGGCUUGUUCAUGUCGCUAAUACCGCGGCACCAACCCUACAAAAGGGUAUAUAUUUUGUAUUGUCUCAACAUAAGUUAGCCAUUGAAAAUAUUCGAGGGCAAGGAUAUGACGGUGCAAGUAACAUGCGAGAAUUGCGGAUUUCUCAAACUGCUGAAAUUGCUUACCUGAUGGAAAUUAAUGAGAUUGAGAGUGGAAGGGGACUUAAUCAAAUUAGUACUUUACAACGGGCUGGAGAUACUCGUUGGAGUUCUCACUUGAGAUCAGUUUCUAGCUUGAUCAAAAUUUUUAGUCCAGCUUGUGAAGUUAUUCUUAAAAUCAUUGAUGUGGAAACUACUUCUUCCCAACGAGCAGAAGCAGAUUCAGUUUAUCAGGUAAUGACUUCAUUUGAAUUUGUCUUCAUAUUGCAUCUCAUGAAAGAAACGAUGCAGAUUACGGAUCAUCUAUGUCAAGAAUUGCAAUCAAAAUCUCAAGACAUUUUAAGUGCUAUGAAUCUUGUUUCAUCAACUAAAGCAUAUAUCCAACAAUAUAGAGAUGAUAAAUGGGAUGAUUUACUUACCAAUGUAAAGUCAUUUUGCGAGAAACGCAAUAUAGAUGUCCCAGAUAUGAAUGCCCGUUAUGUUGAGAGGCGAGGUCGAGCUCGCCAUCAACAAGCCGACUUUACAAUUGAACAACAUUAUCGAGUGGAUAUUUUUUGUGCCUCUAUAGAUUCUCAAUUGCAAGAAUUAAAUUGCCGAUUUAGUGAGCAUGCAGUGGAGUUGCUUAUUCUCGGCUCAGCUCUUGAUCCUCGAGCCGCACGUGAAUCUUUUAGAAUUGAUGAUAUUUGUCAGUUAGUAAACAAGUUUUAUCCGCAAGAUUUUACUGAUCUUGAAAAGGAACAGUUGGAAAUAGAACUUAACCAUUAUAAGCAUAAUGUAGUUCAACAUUCGAGUUUCCAAGCACUGUCAAAUAUUUCUGAAUUGUGCCAAUGGUUGGUUAGUACCGGAAAAUCAGCUAUCUACCAACUUGUUUUUCGAGUUAUUGUACUUGUGCUUACUCUUCCUGUUUCUACCGCAACUACAGAACGAUCAUUUUCAGCUAUGAAUAUUGUCAAAACUAGGCUUCGCAACAAAAUUGAAGAUGAGUUUCUAACGGAUUCUUUAAUGGUGUAUAUCGAAAGAGAAGUUGCUGCUACAAUUAGCAUAGAUUCAAUCAUAGAUGAUUUUCGGGAUUCAAAAAAACGGCGGGUUCCAUUUUAA